AUGCGCAUGCGCUUUGGACUUCGCAAUGGCUGACAUGAACUGGCCGAGCUGUGCAACCAGUUUGAGGGGUGUAAUUUUGGACUUGUGUGGAGUUUUGUAUGACAGCGGGGAGGGUGACGGAGUUGCGAUUCCUGGAUCGAUCGAAGCUGUGAAAAAGCUCAAAGCUUCUGACCUGCACCUGCGUUUUUGCACCAAUGAGACGCAGGCAACCAGAGAGAAGUUUGUAGGCAAACUUCAAAGACUGGGCUUUGACAUUUUAGUACCUGAAGUUUUCCCUCCUGCUCCUGCAGCCAUAGCGGUCCUUAAAGAAAGAGGUUUACAGCCUCACCUGCUGGUGCAUGAUGGACUUCUCCCAGAAUUUGAUGGUGUUGACAAGACCAACCCAAACUGUGUGAUCAUCGGAGAUGCAGCUGAAAACUUUUCUUACCAGAACUUAAAUGAAGCAUUUAGGGUCCUCGUAGGACUGGAGAAGCCAGUGUUAUUCUCUCUGGGCCAAGGGAGAUACUACAAGGAGACAGAUGGUUUGAAAUUAGACGUUGGGGUUUAUAUGAAGGCUCUUGAGUAUGCUUGUGAUGUGAAGGCUGAAGUAAUUGGAAAGCCAUCUCCAACAUUCUUCCAGAGUGUUCUCAAUGACAUGGGGCUUCAACCACAUGAGGUACUGAUGAUCGGGGAUGAUCUUGUAAAUGAUGUUGGAGGCGCCCAACAAUGUGGGAUGAAGGGUGUGCAAGUUAGGACGGGUAAAUACAGGCCCAGUGAUGAGAGGCACCCAACGGUGAAAGCUGAUGGUGUCGUGGACAACCUGGCUCAGGCUGUGGACAUGAUCCUCAGUCAGAGAAAGCACUGAAGACAAGACAGUGGACUCUGAGGACUUUUCACUUAAUGCAACCCAGAGCGAUACAGUCUCUGUGUAACUCAGUAGUGUUGACAUAUAGCUUGUAAAAGUGUUGUUUCAGAUGGGGAAGGUGCUCCAUGUUAAGGUAAUUUAACAAAAAUGUCAAAACAGUACAAGAAUUAGCAGAGCUAUCCAUCUACUGUGUAUCCUGUAUAAACCAUCACAACUCACUGUGCUGUCAAACAUGAGAAAUAUUCAGCCUUCUGCAGCUCUACUAACUCGACUGAAAUUUCCACAACUACUAUCCAAGUCUGAGAGAGAGAAUUGUGAAUGCUUUGGAGCUGCACUGUGCAUUUGUCGGUACAUGAUUGGCAUAGAUAAGAUACCUCAAACUGACAUGAAUGUGCCUGUAACCAGCUGCUGAUUGACAGUUAGAUGGGGAAAGUAACGCUGUGUGUUCAGACUCUGUGCUAGUGUUACACGGGGGGAUUCUUUGACAAGCUGCGGUCCUGCAGCAUACUGCAGAUUACAGUCACACUGCAUCGGCACACUUGUGCACAAAUUUGUAGGUAUGCUGUAGUUUAACAUGUACUGAUUAAGACUGUAAGUCAGCUGUUUUAUGUUGGUGAAUGCAAAGCAUGCAUUGCACAGAUUAGUGACUAACAUAUUUGACAUAUUUUAGGUAAUGCCACUUUAUUGCUGUGAAAGUGUUUGAGUUUGUCUGAGUCAUUGUCACUGAAGGGCUCAAGGUCUUAAAGCACUGGGGAAAGUUUGGCCUUGACACUGGUUUAAACUGGAAUUUACAUCAGAGCAGCUUUUGUUUUACAAUAACAGAUCUCUGGAAAUGGGAAGUGAGCUGGUCUGAGAGAUGAUAAAUGCAGAACUCAGCCAAAUGUGAUGAAUUAUGCUUUUGUUUGAGCUUGUUUUUCACCCUCUGUAAAUAAAAAUGAAGCAGACUCUCCAUCAUCAGAAUAAAGAAUCACAAAUCUA